GAACAAGCAUACCAGCUCAGAAACCAAGUAUCGUAUAAAUGUUGUGAUGAAAUGGAUGGACGAUGGAGCAUCAGUGGUUGGAGAAAUUUAUAGGUGGAUGCUCGCAGCACAUGAAUGAUGAAUUGAUGAUGGUAUGGUCACGCGGGCAUUGCAUAUAUUCAUCUGUUCGUCAGUCUGCAGGCAGAAAAUUGGUGCUCAUCUCUGACUUCUGACUUGGCCAAUGCAAGCUUCCGUAGUCCUGUACCUGUAGUACCAAGUCAACUGCCAUUCUCCUGGCCUGGGUCAAGUUUGUCAACGCAUAUCAGGACAACCAUGGCUGCUAAGCUCGAGUUUGAUAUUGUAUUUCUUAUGGAAUUAUUGCACUGAUCAUUGCCACAGUACUGUAGUGUGUUAGCUAGACACAGGAACAUGCAUGGAUGGAUGGUUACAUGAGAAGAUGCCAGAUUAUUCCGUCCACUAGCCCACUGUAUAAUAUAUAUUAGCUGCUGCUGGUCUUUGGCUCUUAGCAUUUCAUCCAUCAUCUCCCGCGAUGUUUUUGUGAACGCAGCAAUGCAAGGCGUUUGACAGGAAUGAGUCCGCAGGCAGCCUCAAGAGAGACCGGUCAUGAGUCUGCCGGUCAGACUGAAAACCAUGAUGGUGAGCUCACUCCAGUUAGGGAAGAAGAAGAAGAAGAAGAAGAAGAAGAAAUUAGUACUAGCUAGCAACAUUGAAUUGAAUUGAAUAUUUGUCCCUUAGACCAGACUUGUAGCAGUUGACUGGACCCUGUUUAUGUAGCACAGAAUACGUUACUCCUAUACAAAAUUAAAAAAAAAAAGAGUAAACAUGCAGACAAAGUGCAUGCAUUACUGGGGCCUUGGUUUUGUUUGGUUGGCUUUAUAUAGAGCACUUGGCGUUCCAGUGAGCCGCAGAGUAUAGUAGCUACACACGAAGCACAUGCGGCAGGCACCAUACGCUAGCUACAAGCUUCAAUUGUUUUUGAGCCAACAAAAAUCAAAGCUGCUAUACACGCAGGCAAAGUAGAGCAGGCUAUAGCAUUUCUCUCUUGCUUUGCUUGUAACACAUACUAGAUCUAGAAAUGGGUGAGGAGGCAGCUGCGCCGUUGCUGGGCGAUGUCCACCUCCAUCUCCAUGGAGAUAAUAACAGGAAAGAGGAGGAGGAGAAGCUGCCGGCGACGACGACGACAAACAGGUGGAUGCUUGAGUGGGAUUGGGAGGAGGCGGCGGGGCAGCUGGCGUUCGCGGCGCCCAUGGUGGCGACGAGCAUGGCCUACUAUGCCAUCCCGCUUGUCUCCGUCAUGUACGCCGGCCGCCUCGGCGACCUCCAGCUCGCCGCCGCCACCCUCGGCAACUCCUGGGGCACCGUCACCGGCAUCGCCCUCAUGACUGGGCUGAGCGGGUCCCUGGAGACGCUGUGCGGUCAGGGGUACGGCGCCAAGGCGUACCGCAUGAUGGGCGUGUACCUGCAGGCGUCCAUGGUGACGUCGGCGCUCUUCUCGGUGGUCAUCUCCCUCCUCUGGCUCUACUCGGAGCCUCUCCUCGUGUUCCUCCGGCAGGACCCUGAGGUCUCCCGGCUGGCCGGCGUGUUCCUCCGCUACUCCAUCCCGGCGCAGUUCGCCUACGGCUUCAUCCAGUGCACCCUCCGCUUCCUGCAGACGCAGUCCGUCGUCAUGCCGCUCGUGGCCUUCUCGCUGCUGCCGCUGGCCGCCCACGUCGGCAUCACCCACGCCUUGGUCAACGUCCUCGGCCUCGGCUUCGCCGGCGCCGCCAUGGCCACCUCCGUGUCGCUGUGGCUCUCCUUCCUCAUGCUCGUCGCCUACGUGGCGUUCUCGGGCACGUUCAGGGAGACAUGGGGCGGCUUCACCGCCGAGGCGUUCAGGCACGUCCUGCCCGGCAUGAAGCUGGCCAUCCCAUCUGCAGUCAUGGUCUGCUUCGAGUACUGGUCGUUCGAGAUCCUGGUGCUGCUGGCCGGGCUGAUGCCGGAAUCUCAGCUCAGCACUUCCAUCAUUGCAAUGUGCGAAAACACUGAAGCCAUAUCAUACAUGAUCACCUACGGGUUCGCAGCCGUCAUCAGCACCAGGGUGUCGAACGAGCUUGGAGCAAGGAACAUCGCCAACGCGAAGAAGGCGCUGACCGUGUCCCUGGCGCUGUCCCUGAUGCUUGGCGUGGCAUUCCUCCUGCUACUAGGCCUUGGCCACGAGGUGUGGGUGAGGCUCUUCAGCAACAGCGAGGCGGUGGUGAGCGCCUUCGCCUCCAUGACGCCGCUGCUCAUCGGCUCCGUCGUGCUCGACUCCACGCAGGGGGUCCUGUCAGGUGUCGCGAGAGGUUGUGGGUGGCAACACUUGGCGGCAUGGACCAACCUGGUGGCCUUCUACAUCAUAGGCUUGCCCCUGGCCAUCCUCUUUGGAUUCGCGAUUGGCUUCCAAACCAAGGGGCUGUGGAUGGGUCAGAUUUGCGGUCUCCUCUGCCAGAACUGCGUCCUGCUGUUCAUCACCCUGCGCACCGACUGGGAGAAGUUAGACCUGACCAUGAUCAACAGGGACAACGAUUUCGUCUGCUGAGCAUCGGGGAAGGCAUGCCAUGUAGUUUUCAUGUACUUUUUGCACGCGCUGUUCUUGUUGACUUUAACCUUGAGCAACAACUUCCAGAGCCACAUCAUCCUGUAACACUGCAGUAAGAUAGUAGUAAAAUACAUAGUAGAAGCAACUUACCCACAUCAUACUGCUCUGCCUCUCGUUCUUGUUGAGGGAACAAAGGCAAAAAGAUGAGAAAAUGUUGAUUUUUUCCCAGGACAAAAAAGAUUCACUGCACAUCCA